AGAUGUAAAAAAAAAAGAUAUAGCUCUCACAUUUUCAACAGAUUUCUAUAGCACAUCUUUGCUCAUAAACUGAAAAAUUAUGAGGGCUGACCUAAAAAAUAAUUUUUUAAAAACUAGUUUAAAAUUCUCAUGGUCCUUUCACCAAUGUCCUGUUGAUUGAUGCAAUAAAUCACAACUAAUGUGGCUUUAACAAUAGGGCACAAUUCUGGACAUCAUUUGUGUGUAAAAAUGAUAUGAAAUUUGGCUCUCUUUGGAAUAUCAAAUGCUGAAUAGCCGCUGGAGUCCAGUAGCCUGUUAUGAAAACAGGGUGGAGGAGUAGGGGGGGGGAACGGGUGGACCCUUCCUAUUGGACAGGGAUAUUUUGCCUGGUAUUUGUCUGGUUUUCACAUAAAAGACAGGAACCACUGAAGUCAGUCCCUACUUCCAGUCGUAGAGGUCAGUCAAAACAGAAAGAAAGGAAGAUGGCAAGAAUAAUAUUACUUCUCCUUCUGGGUCUUGUGGCUAUAUGCGCUGUGCAUGGAGUAUUUAUGGACAGACUUGCUUCCAAGAAGCUGUGUGCAGAUGACGAGUGUGUCUAUACUAUUUCUCUGGCUAGUGCUCAAGAAGAUUACAAUGCCCCAGACUGUAGAUUCAUUAAUGUUAAAAAAGGACAGCAAAUCUAUGUUUACUCAAAGCUGGUGAAAGAAAAUGAAGCUGGAGAGUUUUGGGCUGGCAGUGUUUAUGGUGAUCAUCAGGAUGAAAUGGGAAUCGUGGGUUAUUUCCCCAGCAACCUGGUCAAAGAGCAACAUGUGUACCAGGAAGCCACCAAAGAAGUUCCCACUACGGAUAUCGACUUCUUCUGCGAAUAAAAAAUAAGCUAAAACUUCAGAUAAAAAACGAAACACCAAAAAUGAAGAAAAAAGCCAAAAUAACAAAGAAGUGCUUGUCUCUAAUUUCUGACUUUUGUUUCAAGAGGGGCUGGGGCUUGGGUCUGGAGGUGGAGUAAAAGAGGAUUUUCAACUCAGCCUUUUUUACUGUAUGCAUGGUCUUUCCACAAACAGGAUGGAACAGGGCAGUGUUUACUCAAAUGAAUGAAUUGAAACUGAAGAAUUAAUUUUCAAACUAGAGAAUCUUCUUUUACAUGGAAAUGCAUGUAGAAGAUGAUUUAUUUCUAGUUAUUUCUAGAUAGUAAUUCUUCCCAGCUCUUUGACACUCUGUACAUAAACUUGGUGAGCCCUAGGUUUUACCUUUGGAAAUCAUGUUUCCUAGUUAUUUGUCUCUCUGGCCAUAUGGAGCAUUAAGAAUAUAUCUAAAGGAAUUACAUUAUUAAGGAGUAUUCUAGUAUUAUUACUUUUAAUAAUUGAUCAUUUUGGAUGUGAAGUUGUUGGGAAUUUUAAAAAAAAGAAGUUUUUGGACUCAGAUGUUUUAACUAUGUCUCUGAACUUUUAAAAUAGUUUCACAUAUUAUUUCGAUUAAAUAACUUUACCUUUUAAAUAAUCAACUUACCUCCCUCCAAAUUUGAAUAACUAUAUGUGUAUAUCUGUAUGUACUUUAAGAGGGCAGUUUAUGAAAAUAACUGUGUGUGUGUGAGUGCGUGCAUGGGACCUCAAGCUUGCUGGGCCAUUGCUCUUCCACUGAGCCACAUUCCCAGUCCCUUGAAGGUUUUCACUCCUUCCUUCCUUCCUUCCUUCCUUCCUUCCUUCCUUCCUUCCUUCCUUCCU